AUGCUGUGGAUCCUCUGCCUGGUCUUCUGUGGCCUGCUGGCAGGCACAAGAGCUGACCCUGGGGCUCUGCUGAGGUUGGGCAUGGACAUCAUGAACCAAGAGGUCCAGAGUGCCAUGGAGGAGAGCCAUAUCCUGGAAAAGAUGGCAGCCGAGGCUAGCAGGCCACAGCCAGGGGGGAAAGCCAUCAAGGGCCUCAGCAAUAUGAAGGUCAAGGACGUCCUGGUACCUGUCAUCACACUGGACUUCAUACCUGGAGUGGGCAUCUUCCAGUGUGUGUCCACAGGCAUGACCAUCACUGGCAAGAGCUUCACGGGAGGAAACAUGGAGAUUAUUGUGGUCCUGAACAUCACAGCCACCAACCGAAUUCUGCAGGAUGAGGAGACCAGCAUCCCCAUGUUCAGGAGUGAGGGCUGUGAGGUCAUCCUGGUCAGUGUGAAAACCAACCUGCCUAACAACAAGGCAAUCAACAAGUUCCUGGACAGCACCCUGCGCAAGGUCCUCCCUGGCCUGAUGUGUCCAGCCAUUGAUGCUGUCCUGGUGUAUGUAAACAAGAAGUGGACUAAGCUGACUGACCCAAUGACCGUGGGCCAGAUGGGCACUGUCAAAUAUGCUCUGACAUCCUCACCAGCCACCACAGCCAGCCACAUCCUGGUGGACUUUAGUCCCGUGGUGCAGGUGCAGAAGGGUGUAGCCAUCCAACUUGCUGCCGAUGGGGCGAUCCCAGAGUUCCCUGAGGGCCCAGCCAAGGGCUCGCAGUUGCUGCUCUCAGCCACCUUCCUCACGGCUGAGCUGGCCCUUCUACAGAAGCCUUUGGAAGUGAACAUCAAGGACAGGAGGGUUGGUAAGCUGGCACAAACCACUGGGACAUUGGCUGGCUUCAUCCCAGAGGUGGCCAAGGCCUAUCCAAAGCCAAAACCCUUGCUGACCAAGGUCAGAAUAAGCAAGCCCCCCAAGGUCACCAUGAAGCCUGGCAAGAGCCUGAUGCACCUCCACGGCAGCCUGGAGAUGUUUGCAGCUCGGAAGCAUCACAAGCACCCGAAAUCGCUCUUUGUCCUGGAGGCUCACUUCAGUCUGGAAAUCCACUACUCAGUAUGUGAGAACCGGCUGCAGAUGGCCACCUCUCUGGACAGCUUACUGAACCUGUCUCAGGAGUCCUCAUCAAUAGGUGACUUCAACGAGAAGAAGUUAACUAGCUUUGUCACCGAUUAUCUCCAGAAGGCCUUCGUUCCUGUGGUAAAUGAUGUACUCCACGUUGGGCUCCCACUCCCGGACCUUCUGGCUAUCAAUUACAACCUGGCUGAGCUGGACAUAGUGGAGAAUGCCCUAGUGCUGGACUUGAAGCUAGAAUGACAGUGGGACUCUGCCAGCUGCCCUCAACAGCCAUCAAACCGCA